CCCUACGGCCAAUAAGUGGUCGGUUUAAUUCGGUUUUAACGAUCGCAGACUCGGUAAUGACCCUGGAGGGGCCGAGCUUGCGCAGCAUCCUUCCACGCUGGCACUCAUCCAAUCAGUGUUGAUUUAAUAAAUAAAUUACCCACGCUAGCAGGCGGAGUGACGCAGUUGGGCAUAGGGCACUCGCCCCACCCAUGUGCGAGCUGGAUCUAGCAAGGCAUUGUGCACCUCAGUAGCGCUUGAUCGCCGCACUCGAUCGACUUCCGAGCAUCGAGAUAGUUGUUCUCGCGCCGGCUAAUUAGCCACUCUAUCACGUCCUUCAAAGUCAAGGCUCUAGCCACCCGAGCGUUACCGAACAGUUUUUUCCGUUAGUGCAGCCAGUCGCGGUGUUUCCGUCUUCCGUCCAAACUGCUACAGGUGUCGCCUUCGUCGACAGUUAGUAGUGUCAGAAAGAAUCAAUAUCAGAAGUAGUGUUGAAGCGGCCACUGAGCACGAUGGGCUCCAAGCUGAUCCUGACGUUGGGAGUGCUGCUGGUGAUUGCGGCACUGGUGUCGUCUAAGUCUGUGCCAGAACAGCGUUCGCAUCUCGACCUCGUCGAGGUGGACUCGAGCGAGGAAAAACCUGGGACGAUCGACCGCGUGAAGGGCUUUCUGGGUGACCUAUCGACUAAGGUAAAGGAGGGGGUCCAGGAGGGAGUGGUGAAGGUGAAAGAAGGCGUCAAGAAGAGCACAUCCAAGGCGAAGGAGUACGCCUCGAACGUGCGCGAAUAUCUGCGGGACAAGUUCAACGGCAGCGAUUCGAAGGAGCUGGACGUGACGACCGCCUCACCGAAGGCGAUCUCUGGAUUCUGAUGCUGAUUUGACGCCUCUUCGCAAUCACCGAACGAUCCUGAACACUGGAAUAUUGCUGUAUGUUGGGCGAUCAAUAAAGAUUAGCUUGGU